AUGGCGGUGAUGUCUCUUCUGCUUCUCCUGGUGGCGCCCAGCGCCGUCGUAGCUACACCUUGCUCUGGGCUCUACGGUGCUGAGGCGUUGACCUGCGCCUGGGAGCAGGAUGUGAAGACCUGCAUGGAGACCAGCUGCCACGGCUGCUCUGGUGAGCCCUGCCAGCUCUGCAGAGAGGACACGGAGAAAAUCCACGACUGCUGCCAGAAGCAUUACCACUCGGCAUCGCCACCCUUGAUGUGCGAGAGUGCUGCCAUCACGGAGGGCGUGAAGGCGUGUGUACAGGCCGAGUGCCGAGGCUGCUCCGGGGAGCAGUGCCAGCUUUGCCAGGAGGAUUCCGCUCGCAUCUCCGCCUGCUGCACUCAGCACGAUGUCAGCGAUCCCCCACAGAUCUGCCGCGAUGCCAUGAAGGGACCCUGCGACGGCCUCCAGGGAGAUGCUCUUGGCCGGUGUCAGUGGGAACAGGAAGUGACCGCCUGCCUCGACAACAAGUGCGCAGGCUGCUCUGGAGAGCAAUGCCAACUUUGCCGUGAGUCUUCCGAGUCCAUCCUUUCCUGCUGCAGCGACAACGAGCAAGAAUCUUCUCAGCCGGAGAUGUGCAAGACCGCCUUCGAGACGACCGUGACGAAGUGCGUGGAGGACCAGUGCCGGAAGUGCUCCGGAGAGCAGUGCCAGCUCUGCCGUGAGGACGCAGAGAGGUACACCGCGUGCUGCAAGCAGCACGGUGUCAGCACAAAGGUCUGCGAAGCAGCCCAAACCCAGGGUCGUGAGCACCGCCGGGAGAUCCUUCCUUGA